AUGAAAGCGCUUGAAAGGAAUUGCGGGUCAACCUGCGACUUCACCAUGGACAGAGCACAAUACAACUCCUCGAACGGGGUCGUCUUUUUCCCGUAUUAUAUGCGUGAGUGUUACAUUCAAAUAGAAACAUGGCAUUCCAGUAUUUGGAGUGUUUCAUAACUCAUAUUUUAGCCUAUUUCCACGCGACUUAUCCCAAACGAUACAGCGAGGAUCAAGUGUUCGUUAUGUGCGAGAGAGAACCGCCAACCAAAGACCUCCGAAUGGAGUGAGAAUUUCUAAACUUUUAUCGUUUUCUAUUGAUUAGUUUUAUAUUUUCACAAAUUGCAUGGAGAUCCUCUUAUGAAAAUAGUAUACUUUUAGAUUGCCUAACGAUUACUUCAACGCAACCUCCACUUUUCUGGCACAUUCGGACAUUCCGUUCCCAUAUGGACAUUACGAGAAAAAGGGAGAUACAGGAACGGUAAGCAACAAAAACUUUGUAGGUAUAUACUUAUAUCAAUCUGUCGAAAAAAUAACGUGGAUUUGUCGCGCUCUGAAAUCACCCAUCAUUGCUUUGCUACGGCUAGUCGCGGCUGGAGAUUUGGCGCGCGACUGUGGCAAGGCUUGACACAUUUGGUACAACAAAUCCACAUUAUUUUCCCGACAGACUGAUAGUCCCGCUUGGUCAAAAAGUAAUUUCAGAGGAUAGCAUUCUACAGAAACUUGAUGGCAGAGAUCAAAACAAAGACCAAAGGCGUUUUCAAAGUCUUUUCCCACUGCUAUACACCAAGCCGCAGAGAGAACAUCAUAACGGAGCUGCAAAAGUAAGACCCGCCUUUUGGGACCUGAGUUUGUCCUUAAGUCAUGUUUAAAAUACAUGAACUUUGUUUAAAAAACAUGACUUUGUAAAGGGUACAAGCCGCUGAAAAGUGCGGCCAUAUAAGCGAGCGAAGAUCAAAAAUCACUGUAUGCUGUUUUCAGCCACAUGGAGAUCGACCUGUUUGGACGCUGCAGCAACCGGACCUGCGACAAGGCCUGUUUCGCCGAGAACACGAAAAAAUACCGCUUCUAUUUGGCGUUUGAGAACUCGAACUGUGUUGAUUACAUUACCGAGAAGUUCUUUCAGUUCGACAAUUUGGUUCCGGUGGUGCUGAAGAAAGAGUACUAUCAGCAAUUCCCGGCCAAGUCAUACAUCGCUGUGGACGAUUUUAUGUGCGUUUCAGGUCAUUAGCAUUUUUUUGGGAAUGGUGAUGGGACGCGAAAAAAUGUCCAUGCACUUUGUAAAAAUACCAUUAGUUUGUCGGAAAAGUAAUGAGAACCCUGUUGCUGCGUAAUUGCUUCGCUAAAGUGAAAAACAACUUCAUUUUGCCGCGACACAAUUCAUUCUCGCGUGCGAUUUUCGCUGCGACAGAGUGAUCAUUAUUUUCCCGACAGACUGAAAAGAUUUAGCUUUGCAAUAGAAUUGGGCAAAUUUGAGCUGAAAACUUUCGAACCGACAUCUUUUAGAAAUUUGAAAAGUCUGGCCACAUACCUCACCUAUCUCAUGGAAAACGACGACGCCUACGCCCAACAUCUGAUGUGGAAGUACGAGUAUCGCAGGAAAAUGGUCGACCCAAGCGAAAGGAUUUGCGCAAUUUGCGAUUACAUUGCGCAGAACCGAGUCAAGAAGUCCUAUAAAAACAUGAAGGAGUACUGGAAUCACGCGACAACUUGUGAUAUUUUCUUCACUGAAAAUGUACUGAAAAGAAAUGAAGCUUUGACAUAA